UUUGCAAUGCGUCGUUUCGCUGCAGCAUAGCAAAGUAAACCAAAGGACUCAAUCCAAACGACAGUCAUGGAGACCGAACCUCUUCCCUCUGCCCCCGCCCCUGCCUCUGCCUCCGCCAUAGCCACCGCCGCCACAACUUCACACGAAAAUCGAUACCGUUCGAUAUUUGACCUCCCUGUCAACUAAUUCAAUUCUUGUCGUUUACUAUCUCCUUUAACUUCACUCUUCGAGCCCCUCUCAAUUUCCGAAAUUUCUUCUUCAGAAAACCCUGAUAACACCGAAGAAAGGAACGAAAAGAGCACCAAAACCGGCGUUGCUUUGCCCAGAUGGACUUGCAACACCUGCAAGGCUGAGUUUGACUCUCUCCAGGACCAGCGCUCCCACUUCAAAUCCGACAUUCAUCGUUUCAAUGUAAAAUUAAGCAUUGCUGGUAAGGAUACUGUAAAGGAGGAAGAGUUUGAUGAGUUGACCAUGGAUUCUUACAAAGACUUCGAGGUUUCAAGUAUUUCGGGAUCUGAGGAUGAAGCUGAUAAGGGAGCUUAUCCUCGCAAUGAUGCAUCAAAGGGAUUGAUUGAAAAUAUCAGGAAGAAGUUGUUUAUUCUUCUUCAAACUGGAGAGAGAGUUUCAAUUUGGAAAUCUUUAAUUUUAAAUGAGUCUGAAAGUGUUCUAUAUGAGAAUGAUAAAGAAGUGUGGAAUGAUAAUCCUGGGUGCUUGAGAGAAAAUGAGGUGAUUGAGAGGUUGAAAGCUUUGAUUCAAGAGCCUAAGGAUAAUGUGAGUUUCAGGAUUGUGCUGCUUUCAAGUGGUUGGCACUUUGCUGGUUGUGUGUUUAAUGGCAACAGAGUGGUGGCUCACAAAACAUUCCACAGAUAUGUGGUGAGGGCCAAGGCUGGUAAGAAACAGUCGUCCAAAGAUGCAAUGGGGAAGGCUGCACAUUCUGCUGGAGCUUCACUCCGGCGGCAUAAUGAACUUGCUUUGAAGAAGGAAAUUCAAGAGUUGCUUGCUUCUUGGAAGUCUUAUUUUGAAGCUUCCUCAUGUGUUUUCGUUCAUGCUCCUUCAAGCAAUCGUAAUGUGUUUUUCAAUGGGGAUAAACCUUGUUUCAGUCACCAGUUCUGUGCUGUUCGAAAUGUUCCAUUAACUGUUUGUAGGCCCACAUUAAAGGAGGCCAAGCGUAUAUAUAGCCAACUUACACAAGUUUCGUAUGAAGUGGAAGAGAAGGAAAUUCCACCAGGCACCAAAGAAGAUAUGUUGUUAAGUAGUAGCGCCAAUAAUAAUGGCAACCUAUACUCCCACAAAGAGGAACUGGGGCAAAACUUGAAUGGUAGUGAUGCUUCCAAAACUCCUUCACGCAAUGUAAAAGCUGAUAUUAUAUCAAGUGAGAGUGAUAGUGAAGUUGUUUGUACUUCAACACCUUUGCACGAAGCAGCACAAUCUGGAGAUGCUCAAAAAGUUAUGGAACUCCUAGAGCAGGGUUUAGAUCCCUGUAUUAAAGAUCAAAGAGGGCGAACUCCUUACAUGCUGGCCAAUGAGAAGGAAGUUAGGAAUAUGUUUAGACGGUUCAUGGCAUCAAACCUUGAGAAGUGGGAUUGGAAUUCUGCGAAAGUACCUAGUGCCUUAACUAAAGAAAUGGAGGAAUCUCAAGCAACCAAGCAAGCAGAGAAAGAUUCCAAGAGGAAAGCAAGAGCAAAGGAACUAAAGAAAUUGCGUAGAGCCAGGGAAAAGAAAGCUCAGGCUGAGGCUACCCAGUCUCAGAGUACCGUAGCAAUUCCACAAAACCAGGCCACUGGAGCUUCAGUUUCUAAGGGACGACAAUCCCAACCAGUUGGUGCACAGCGAAUCUCUAAAGAGGAAGAAUUGAAGAUUGAGAGGGAAAAGAGAGCUGCUGCUGCUGAGAGGAGAAUCGCCGCAACCGCAGCUGCUGCCUCCUGCGCCCAGGAUGCUCAAGGCAGUAGCACGACGGAAGGAUCCACGACUAGUAUACAACCGAAAAGUGGAGUAUCAGGUCCAGGCGAUAUUAGCUGCUCCUGUUGUAAUACAUCAUUGGCUGGAAAAGUUCCCUUUCACAGGUACAAUUACAAGUAUUGCAGCACCUCUUGCAUGCAUGUUCACAGAGAGAUUCUUGAAGAUACAUAACUUCUUUUUUAUCAUGUGGUUACUAGGCAUAGUUGAAUUUCUGCUCCAUUUUCUGGUUAUAAUAAUGUCUCAUGUUCUCCAUAUUUAUUCACAAUCAAUAAGUACAUUACAUUGCUGAA